UUGGAAUAAUAUUACAGCUUCAAUGGUAUGGAUAUAUCGUUGGGUUUAGAAGAGGGGCGUGAUGAGCGUAUUUGUUCGUGUUCUGGGUCAUUAGGGUCAGACCAAAGUUCGCGAGGAUUUGUGGCACUGAACAAUCCAUUUCAAAGAAGCUGUGGUAGUACAGAUAAAAAUCUGAGUAGCGAAGAGGAAUUAUUAAUCCUCGAAAAUUCAAGACUCUCUUUAAUGGAAGACGAAGAAGGUUUUAGCUCUAAUUUUACUAGGCCUAACGUUUGUAGAAGAUGUCGAAGUUUUUCAUCUUCGCUACCCACAACAUCGCCUUCAGCUUCAUAUAUUAUACAUUCUUCAUUUGGAAAUAGAGCUCGUCAUAAUACUGGCGUGAAACAAGAUGCAGGAGAUUCAACUUCACAAUACUUGAUUGAUAAUAAAUACCCAAAUGGUUUAAUGGUAGAAGGACAACUUCUUGAUGAUGAUGAACCCCUACUGGGUGCUGAAGAUUUUGGUGAUGGUGGAACAGAUCACUGUCAUGCAUAUCAGCCAUCAAAAGAAGGAGUUAAGCAAGCCAAACGUCAACUGAUUUUAAGUAGUUGUCUGUGUUUAUGUUUUAUGCUUGGUGAAUUAGUAGGUGGAUAUUUUGCAAACAGCUUAGCCAUCAUGACAGAUGCUGCCCACUUGUUAAGUGAUCUUGCUAGUUUCUUAAUUAGUAUCUUUGCCCUCUGGGUAGGGCAAAAACCUCCCACUAAACGGAUGUCAUUUGGAUUUUACAGAGCAGAAAUUCUUGGAGCAGUCCUUAGUGUUCUGGUCAUCUGGGUGCUAACUGGUAUUUUAGUGUACCUGGCUAUUGAUAGAGUUCGUUUUGAGGACUAUGAGAUUGAUGCUGAUGUGAUGCUUAUUGUGUCUGGUUGUGGGGUUGCAAUGAACAUCAUAAUGGGGCUUGUGCUACAUGGUUCAUGUUUGAGCCAUAGUCACAGCCAUGGGCUAAAUGCUAGUGAAACAAGCAACAGCCAGAACAUCAAUGUCAGAGCAGCAUUCAUUCAUGUUGUAGGAGAUCUCAUUCAGAGUAUAGGUGUCCUUAUAGCUGCCUAUAUUAUUCAUUAUAAGCCGGAAUAUAAGUUAGCAGAUCCUAUUUGUACCUUCAUCUUCUCUGUCUUGGUGCUUUUUACGACUCUAACCAUCAUGAGGGAUGCUGUCCAUGUCCUUAUGGAAGGAUUUCCACGAGAGUUGAAUUAUGCAGUGAUUAAAACCGACCUACAAAAUAUACAAGGAGUGAAAAUGGCCCAUAGUCUUCACAUAUGGUCCUUGACAAUCGAUAAAAAUGCAUUGGCUGUACACUUAGCUAUAGACCCUGAACUUGACCCCCAUGUGGUUCUUCGGACUGCAGAGUAUCUCGUCAGACAAAAGUAUGGUAUCUAUCACACUACUGUUCAGGUGGAGAAGUAUGACCCGACAACGAUGUUGUCCUGUAAUGCAUGUCAGGGACCAAGACAGUGAAUCUAGUGUAACGUAAACCACAUUAAAAAUGUUAUAUGUUGGAAUGCUCUAAGUAAUUUUGCUAACACAACCUGAAACUUCCUUAUCACUAGAAAUUUCUUAAUUUAAACCAAAAUACUUGCAAUCUGUUAGUUUUUUUUUUUUGAUACAAGAAAGAGACCUUUUAUCAGUUGAGUGGUUUAUUAUUGUACAUUUGACAUUUUAUACUGCUUACCUGAAUAAUUUACUAUCACUUACUCAUUAGGUGGUAACUGAAGAUGGUAAACUUGUCAUGUUCUGUGUUAUA